UUACAGCAAUCGUAGCGUGUUUAUCAGGAUAAGAUGAGAGGGGCCCGAUAGUCACUGAACGGCCGAUACAUAUUUACUCCACAUUGGACUAAUCAGCAGUGUUAUUGGACGAGUUAUUAGAGGGGUGCGUUCGUGUAUAUUUCCCAAGCAAUACUAGUAGGGUGCGUUCGAUUACACUUCUCCAGUUUUUUUCUCUCCACCGGUGGCAGGGCUGUGCAGUUUUCUUCACAUUCGGAACACGCCUACCGAAGGAGGAAUACUGUACGUUAAACCCUAUUUAUUUCAACGGGGAUUUGAUUUAUCACGUAGCUGCAGUUGUUUUGACAGACCUGAGUGGAAUCUGUAGUGUUGUCCUCUUCAUAACAGAGGCGUGUGUGCAGCAGUGGUGACAUUCGUUGGGAGUAUUAAGCAUACUGCGUACAUUGAAUUUUUCCAAUAGCUAUUCGGAGUACCUUUAUUACACUGAGAUUUUAGUGAUUUCCCCUAAACAUGAGGCGAUCUGGUGUUUACAUUGUUAACGAACCAGCCGAAGACCCACCUAGUGCAGAAAACGGAGGGCCUGACCACGUGUACCUGAACAAAAUGUCGGAAGAAGGCGAAAACGGAGUGGGAGAAGAAAUGAUGAACGAUACUGUAGGACUUCCGGUAGAGGCAUCCACACCUACGCCAAAGAAAUCGAAAAGGGCCCGCUUACCUUCUGUAUACAGAUCGUCCCUGGUGAAGCUGUUAUGUGGGCUGUAUGCGUUAAUUAUAGUUGUGCUCGGAAUAGUGUUUUCUACGGCCACUUCACUGACCGCCAAAGAGCGAGAGCACCAGUUCUAUCUGGAGGUAUUCCUGGUGUACCUCUAUGCAUUCUCACUUGGGAUGUUGAUAUAUUUCCAAUGUGGCCUCCUCAGUGGCGUAAAAGUUAAGAACAAUUAUUAUGAACCCAACAUCCGGAUAUCAGUACGCAAUGAUGGAAGUAUCCACAAGUCACCGACUGCGUCGCCGUAUCCGACGCGCGCGGCCGACGCAGGCGCGAACAGAUCUGAAGAAGUUCAGCCUCUGGAUCAAAGUAAGGCGGAACAAGUUUCCGUGGGAAGUUAUCACAGUCAUAUGGAGCUUCCCGCCCCCGGCGGUGUGGCACAUGCCGGGGAGGGUAUCAACUUCUACCUCAGACUCGGCGCAUUGGCAUUCGCCUGCGGCAGUGUAAUCUUGGAUGGGUUCCACAUCGCAACCAACUUCGAAACAGUGACGACAGAGGAAUGUAAAAGUCCCAUUUUUAUCUUCGUCUACGUCAUGCAUCUACUCUUUACCUUCGUCCAGACGUUCUUCCUCUUCAAAAACCACAAGCUGGUGAUUGACAAGGCAAAACCAUUGGUCCGUUUUGGGAUGAUGCAUCUGAUGGCCACUAAUUUAUGUGUUGUUAUCGUAACCGCAGUUACGGAAACAGCCGAAGAUUACCGACAGGAUUACUUCAACAACCUGUUGAAAUACCAGGCUCUCAACAACAUCACACCGAAAGACAAUAUGACUGGAAGUUGCUAUCGACAGGAGACACUAGCUCGAUCUGCCUCUCCGUACCUCUUCCCAAGUCUUAUCAUCUACAGUAUCAUCGCUGCUGGUAUCAUCUACCGCCUCUACCAGUACAUCGGUGUGAGAAUCAAGCAGAGGUGGCCUAGUCACACUUCACUGACCAGCUCUGUACCGGCAGGGGCAGCAGCAAUCGACUGUGAAAAGGCCAACAAGGGGCUGUUCUUAGGUCUCCUGGUGGCCGUACUCACUCUCAUCGCCAUGGCAAUUUUCUUCGUGUUUGAUACGAGGGUAGAUUCACCCGACACUGCCAUUAAGGUCUUUUUCACCACCGAGAUAAUCCUCAUGGUCAUCACAAGUGUCGGUAUUGUCUGGGGAUACAUGCGUCUGUCCAUCCUGAAGUUCCUGAAGACCAUAUUUUUCUCUGUUGAUUCGGUCUUGUUGCUUGUGGCAUUGGCAGGAUCCUACAUCUACUUGUGUUUCACUUUGAUUUCUGUUUUCUCCUUCUGUUCGGAGAUGGGGACGGAUACGAUCAAGGGAAUCCUGAGUCUGGUGACGAUCGCCCUAGCUCUUUGUCAGAUCACUCUGCAGACCGUCUUUAUCCUCGACGGCCUUUGCCGUUGUGCCGAGAACGACGAACAAAUGAUGGCUAAACCUGGUCGUGCUGUUGUUACCUUCCUUCUCAUCUGUAACCUGGCAAUGUGGAUCGUCAGCAUGUUCGAAAUGAAGAAAACUAAGGUGGUCGAAAUGCAUGAAAAUUUCUACGGAAUUUUGGCGUGGAAUAUUAUAAAUCACCUUUGUGUUCCUCUCCUGAUUUUCUUUAGGUUUCAUUCGGCCAUUUGUCUGUCCAAAAUAUGGUAUAACGCUUACCAGAAGGAAAAGGUGCCAUAAAGACAUCGACAUAUUUCAAUAAUAGUAAACCUGGGAUUAUUUUGAGAAUCCAUGUCUUGUGAGAAUAUUGGGCAGCUCUACAACUGUUAAUGGGAAUAUUUGUUUGAACACCAUUCGUGGUGUAGUUUAUUUCCAUAGAACAGGGAUCAAAUUCAGAUAUAGAAUUCAUAAUCCCCAACUGCCUUAUGAGAUUAAGACCUUUAACGUGGAGCACCGUUUUAUUGCCUUUAGAAUAUUUAUGCACUAUGGACAGUUUGAAAGAGCCAAAUUGUUUUACUUAACAGUGUGCUUGAGGAUAUCUUGACACGUUUCAUAUUGUUUUACACGUGAUUGGUUAAAACUAGUCGUUGCUCUGACGUCAGUGCUGAAAUGCUCAAGAAUUCUGAAUGUGGUUUUUGUAAUGUUGGUAAUUUUCCUAGAUAUUGUAUGUAUGCAAUAACUAUUUAACAGAUUGCUCAAGGCAAAGUGUGCUUUUGCAUGACAUACGUGGAGGAUUAUGAACUAUUCAAUGUUGGAACAAGGAAAUACGGUAACUGAUUUGUGAGAAAUAUUCGAAAGAUUGUGAAAGAUACGGAAACAUUAGGAAAAUGAUGUGCCCGAACUGCAUAUUGAUUGGAGUAUAUUGUUCCGAAUGGAUUAAAAACUAAUGAAGAUGGAUUUUAGGUUGAGUCUUAUUAUGAGGAAUAUGUAUUUGGGAUAUAUAGUGCAUUAGAGUCAUUGUUAUGGAAUUGUAUUAACGAAAUUUCUUUCGUUAAUGAGAGGGCACAUUAGCAAUGCAAAUUACACAUAAAGGAUUACAUAUGUUUCAUCAAAGGUGUUGCUAAUGGACGACGAUUUGUGGUCAAACAGGAUGCAGUAACAUGUCUUUGUCACAAUAGUGUUGUCACAGUAUUAACAUUUAGUGUCAACAUAUGACAACAUUGUGUCAGUGUGUAUACAAUGCCAUCACAAUGUAUUCAAUAUUUUGACACAUACUGAACGAUACGAUGUCAAUAGAUAUUUUUUGACAUUGUAUGUUGUUGACACUUAUGGAUGGGUGUUAACACAUUGAUAAUAUUGUGUUGAUACAAUGUUGGCAUUGUGUCGAUUCAUGUUUGACAUUGUUUUGACACUGUGUUGACACACUAUUGACAUGGUUGAGGGACCAGGUGUAAUAUCCGUCGUCUGCUAAAUCCACGCAUUAUUUCUAAUAAAAACUAGGUAUAAGACUCAAGAAAGCUUUUUUAUUGAAAUAUGCCUUGGUGCUUUUAAGUGUUUUUUUCAUAUAGGAAAGUCAUGUUUGAAGUUACAAGACUGUUCAUUAAUUUUGCUCAGUUCAGAUAAGAUUCGAUUUUGAAAAUCCAUUUUCCCUGUUUCCUGAAACAUUUAUAUCUUGGUGCUUUUUACAUUCAAUGAACUGUACUAAUUUUAAAUGAAGACCCUAAAACGCGGUGAAUAGGUAUAUACCUACUCGGUGAAUAGGUAAAUACCUACUCGGUGAAUAGGUAAAUACCUACUCGGUGAACAGGUACAUACCCUCUCGUUGAAUAAGUACAUACCUACUCGGUGAACAGGUACAUAUCUACUCGGUGAACAGGUACAUAACUACUCGGUGGACAGGUACAUAACUACUUCAAAGUAAAUUGCUUCAUUAACAAUUGCAUUCAUAUGAAGUGAGACCAAGAUGCAUUUUUAUAGAAAUUCUAAUAAUUUUUAUUCAGCUAAGCUGCUGUGUAUGUUUGCAAUCUUUUCCUGACGUUUAUUUACAUUAUUUUCUUUCCUGGUAUCACUUAUUCAAGGCAUACUUGUUAACAAGACACCAGACAUGAAUUGACGUGCAAUAAUCAAUAUUUUCAAGGCUAAUUUUCUCCUUAAUAUAAGCUAGUAAUAUAAACAGGAUUGGUGAUUGGAUGAUACAGAGGUAUUGAUGAAGGAUUUUAAUGAUAAUAAGAAACACGCAGGCAUAAUAUGCCAUACCAAUACAGUUCAUUUUCCCUUUAUUUAUUAUCAUACUUGUUGGCUUUCCGAUCUAGAAUGGUAAUACAAUGAUACCAAUCUGCAGCUAAUCAUCUGUGUUUCUUAUCCAGUUUUUAUCUGAUCUCACAAUAUGAGAGAUAAUGUGUAUUUUUGAUUGUAGAGGGGGAAUUUGAUGUUGAUUUAAUGGGUCUAAAUCUACGAAUUUAUUUACUCGUGAAUCAGUGAACCAUUAAAUUUUGAAUUCGUGUAUUUCUUGAGGACCAGAUAUUUUUUGGAAGAACACUGCUCACGAAUAAGACUUUAUUAAAAUAACCUUUAAAAUUUAAGCCCACGAAGAUAUGUUAUUAAACAGAAGAUUUAGGGCUCACUGCGAAUCACCCAAAUCACUUCUCGUUUCGUUGAGUACUAUGUGUGUCCUGUACAUAGGGAUCAAUUUGUCCCGUACGGUUUUCUUUAUCAUAAUUUGUGAGAAUCCAGGUUGUCGCCUGUCAUAGUGUUGACAAUAUUGUACAUAAUAUUACAGCCAUAUACAUUAUUUAUUUAUUGUUUACAUAUAGAAAGCGUCCAGGACGUGCCUUAAAUUUCAGUCGAUUAUACCUUUUCACUUCGUUGUCCUAUAUCCGUCUUUUGAUCAUAUCAGAACUGUGAAAUACUUGCAAUAAAGAAGUCACAUAACAAGUAUAAAUUGUAAAUGGUAAUUCGAAGCUUUAACUUAAAAAAAAUUAACAUUUGAAAAAUAACCAGCGAGAGUGAAGUACCAUAUAUAUAUAUAUAAAUGAGAACCAUGGGUUUUUGGGACCUUUUUCUACCAAAACGUUAAAAACGAUAUUUCGAGAAUGAAUUGACUUGUUAUAUACCCACGUGUGUAUUGUUGACGACAUCUGUUGUGGUGCUAUAUAUAAAUUAUAGUAAAAUGAUGCCAAAAAUAUGCAAAACUGACAAUAUCAGAAACACGUGGAAAUAAUUACCAAUCAUAACAAGUAAAAAAUGAGUUGGUUAUCUUUAAUAAAAAAAGAUCUAUCUAGAUAUGAAAUGAACUACUUAUUGCGCGUUCUAAUUUCUGUGUGUGUUUUAAGUGUCCUUUCGGUCAAACUUCAAAGUUAAACCAAUCAAAAGACCGGAAGGUCAUAUACCAUUAGUGGUAUAAAACAUGUAUUUAUCCAAUUGUCAGCACGUUUACGCAAUGGUCUGAGUGUAAGGUAACACAACCUAUUGCGGGUAUAUUCUAAUCUGAAUAUUUGGCAAUAAACAAGAUGUGGAUGAAAUAUAUGUAUUUUGUCAAUGUAAAUAUUGUUGCUGUAUAUUUUCGCAAAUAUUUGGUGCUCUAAAGUUUGAUUGUGCCAAAAUAUUUACAUUUUAGUUUCACUGUGUUGUUCUUAAAAUUUGAAAUGAUUAUGUAUAGAUGGAACACAUUAUCCUCAGCGAGUUUUACGUUAAAAAGGUCUGUACCAUCAUAAUUAUCUAUGAAAAUUUGAUACUAAAAAAAAAUCAAAGAAGAAAAAAAGUUGGUAACUAAAGGAAAUUGGCGCAUCGUGCAUUAUCAAAAUCCUAAUCAAGAAGUUUGUGUCGAAUACCGGUAGGUUAGUGAAUGUAACCUGUGUAUUGCUCGGAUUUAAAAAAAUGAUUUACAGUAAAAAUUCUAAAAAAAAACCCAUUAUUUUAGAAUUUUUUGUAGAUUUUCUUUCUAACAUGAUAAGGCACGGGAACUGUCAAAUAUUGAUAUUCCAAGACAUGGUAUUUUGAUAUACAUUUAUAUAUUUACAUAACAAAUCAUUUAUAGGUAUAUAUUUAUGUACAUUUAUAUCGUACAUGCAUUUAUAUAUAUGUAGAUAAGAAUGUCUUACCUCUGUCUGUAACAACCCACCUACCCCCAACCCCACCACCACCAAUAGCUAGAGCGAUUUAUAAACAAUGCUGAAAAUUUCCCUCAGUGCGUGAUAUUUUCGCAGCACAGUUAUUUUUGCAAUUUCUGCGUUAAAAAUGGAACACAAAAAUGACAGUCAAUAGUUCAAGUCGAUAGAAACUUCAUAACUCAUUUAUUUUUACUUUCUUGACAAAAAAGUGAAAUCCUCAACAUUCAUGCAGAAGUCAUAAAUGCAAGAUUUUUUAAACGUUGCAUAUUUAUGGCUGGAUAUUUAGUAAGCCUUGAUUUUAUAUCGUAAGCCUUCACUAUUUUUCAGUGCCUUUAUUCUAUUUUGAAGAAAAUGUGUUUUGGUAAAGAACAACGAAUCAAAAAUAUGUUUCUGUGUACAUUUUAAGAUUUUGUAGUAAUUAACUAAAUACAAUGUUUGUGCCUUAAAAAAACAUUUGCACAAAAUGGGAAAUGUUGAAAAGUAUGUCGUAAAGUGUUAUUAUAAAGAGAAAGUAUGUAGAGUUUUGUAGUAAUAAAGUCUUUGUACCAUAAAAA